AUGAUAGGCCCACUGGGUGGAGGUCGCCUUCGAGAAGCCGAAAUGGUGCUGAAUAUUGGAGCUAGAGCCUGCACCCUUCCCUCCCCCAAGAUCGAUAUCUUCGCACUCAGUAAACUGUUGAAUUCCAUUCCAAAAUUCUCAACUGCUCGACGACAGGACGACUCCGAUUCUGGCGGUGAAGAUAUGUCAACUGAAAUCGAAGAGCUCCGCGACGCGGCAAAGUCGAUUCAGUCGCUACAACGGGUCUUAAAAAUGCCACAACAUUCAUCCGACAAAGGAGAUACUGCCGAAAAUAAACAGCGCAUUAUGGACAUAAUUCUUUGGUUGGUACCAGAAUACUGGCGGCUACAGUACACUCAGCAGUGUUCUCAGGCAUGCGGACGAUCGUCAAUUGCUGCCGAUUCGAGCGUAGAUGGACGAGUAUCGGGGAUUUCAACUCGACUGGGACAUCCCAGAGGAGUAAUGCAAUUCCUGCCGUCGAUGGGGAACGAUGUUUUUGUAUCAGCACCAGACACGUAUCGUGGUGGACGCCCAUCGCUUUCAAGGAAACCGUCUGCACCUGAUGGGUUCAUCUCGCUCAAUGAUGUGCUCAGCAAUUCGGAGCAGCCGAUAAAUCCCAUAAAUUCACGAGGAAGCAGGUGA